AUGACAAAUUUGCGUAAAUUUCCUCCAAGACCACCUUAUAGAGUUAGUCUGAGGGCUCAAUUGACUGUCCUAGUAAGUAUUGUUGCUAUAGUCUCGUUGGUAAUUUUGGCUAUUACAACAGGUGUUUACUUUACAGACAAUUUCAAGAAUUUAGAAUCGGAUCGUCUUUACAUAGCAGCUCAACUAAAAUCCUCUCAAAUUGAUCAAAAUUUAAAUUAUCUAUAUUAUCAAUGUUACUAUGUGGCGUCAAGAGAUACACUACAAACAAGUUUGACAAAUUAUGUAGCUGGUAACAAUACAGAAGCUAACUGGGUGGAUACACAAAGUAUUCUAGAAAAAUUUUUAAGUUCCUCAGAUCUUUUUUCAGUAGUAAGAAUAUAUGAUGCAUUAUUUAAUAAUGUUUUAAAUGCCACAAAUAAUGGAACCGGAGAUUUAAUUCCACAGUCUGUAUUGAAUAAACUGCUACCUUUGUCUAUGGAUAAUCCAUUACCAUCUUCUUUAGAAACUACAGGGAUUUUGACAGAUCCAGUUAAGAACGGGACAUCAUACUUGAUGUCAAUGUCAUUACCCAUCUUUGCAAAUCCAUCUAUUAUUUUAUCAGAUUCUAGGGUAUACGGUUAUAUUACUAUUGUAAUGAGUGCAAAUGGAUUAUUAUCUGUAUUAAAUGACACAACAGCACUAGCAAAAUCUAAUGUCGCUAUUGUUUCUGCAAAAUAUACCAAUUACUCUAUGUUAGAUUCAUACAAAUUUGUGUUUCCUCCGUAUGGUGCUCCUACCAGCAUCAUAAAUUCUACAUUUUUACUAGUUAAUGGGUCAUUCUUGAGUGAUGCCCUAAAACUAGGUAAAGGGGGUAGUUUGAAAUCUACUUUUUUCUUUUACCAUUCAAAAGUUGCAGUAGGCUAUUCCCCUUGUACAUCUACUCUAACUAAUUGGGUAGCAGUGGUUACUCAAGUGGAAUCCGUGUUUUUGUCACCAUCAACACGACUGGCCCGUAUUAUUGCUGGAACAGUGGUAGCUAUUGGUGUUUUUGUUAUGUUUAUGACGUUCCCCUUAGCUUAUUGGGCUGUUAAGCCCAUCGUUCGACUACAAAAAGCCACAGAAUUGAUUACAGAGGGGCGAGGGUUACGACCUACAACACCAAGUUCCAUGAGUAGAACAAGUUCCAUAAAGCAAGAUAGAGCUUUUGUUCGCCCGCUCGCUCCAGUAACACCUUUAAUUGAUUUAAUAUGUCCAAGCAGUGCUAAUGAACAUAAUAAUAGUAAUAUUAGUAAUAGUAAUGGUCAUGAUGUUACUGAUAGUUCAUAUAGCAACAAUAACACUGGCGAAAAGCAUGAACUGGAUUCUUUGUCAUCAUCGAUGGUAUUAAAGUCUAAACCUAAUCCAUCUCUAAAUAAUCAUGAUACACAUAGUAAUAUGUCUUGUGACAAUUACAAAAUUAAAAAUCCGCCAAAUCCUGAAUUAUUAACGCCGCCUAAAUUAUCAAGGGUAGAAGAAGGUAAUGAUGACGAAAUAACAUAUGCAAGCCGUUCUAGAGGCUAUAUUGCUCCAACUAAUUUGGUAGAAGCCAGAGUACCUCAAUAUAGAAGAUUAUUUUCAGACGAAUUAUCUGUAUUAACCGAAACUUUCAACACAAUGACAGAUGCACUAGAUGAACAUUAUGCAUUAUUAGAGGAGAGAGUUCGUGCACGUACAAAGCAAUUAGAGGCUGCUAAAAUCGAGGCAGAAGCUGCCAAUGAAGCCAAAACAGUUUUUAUUGCCAAUAUUUCUCACGAAUUAAGAACACCACUAAGUGGUAUUUUAGGUAUGACAACAAUAUCGAUGGAGGAAACAGAUAUUCAUAAAAUUAGAAAUAACUUAAAAUUAAUAUUCCGAUCUGGUGAAUUAUUAUUGCAUAUUUUAACAGAAUUAUUAACCUUUUCUAAAAACGUUUUACAAAGAACAAAAUUAGAGAAAAGAAAUUUUUGUAUUACUGAUGUGGCAUUACAGAUAAAAUCAAUUUUUGGGAAAGUGGCAAAAGAUCAACGAGUUAAGCUUUCUAUCAUCUUAUAUCCAAAUGUUAUUAGAACAUUGGUACUAUUUGGAGAUUCUAAUCGUAUUAUUCAAAUUGUGAUGAAUCUAGUCUCUAAUGCAUUGAAAUUUACCCCUGUAGACGGUAAUGUUGAUGUUUCUAUGAAAGUUUUGGGUGAAUACGAUCAAAUUUUAAGUGAACAGUGUAAUCAUAAGAAAAUUUAUGUUAAAAAGGGGACAGAAGUAGUUGAUGAACCUUCUAGUAUAAAUCUAGAAAAUAUCAAAGAUGCAUCUGAUAUGUCAUUAGCAAAUGACACACUGUCUUUAGUGUCUACAUCAUCCAGUUCCUAUGAUGAUGCUCUGUUCAGUAAUCAAUUUAAAAAUGAGAAAAAGAACGAUAUAGAUGAUUCUGAUUCGGAUGAUGGACUUGGGGUACCACUAGACAAGGAGAAGACGUGGGUUAUUGAGAUUGAAGUGAAGGAUACAGGUCCUGGUAUUGAUAAAUCAUUGCAAGAAGCUGUCUUUGAACCUUUUGUUCAAGGUGAUCAGACUUUGUCAAGACAAUACGGUGGUACAGGUUUAGGAUUAUCAAUUUGUAGACAACUGGCAACUAUGAUGAAUGGUACCAUGGAAUUAGAAAGUGAACUUGGCGUGGGUAGUCGUUUUAUCUUCACAGUUCCAUUAACACAAAGGCGUGUAAUUAAUUAUGAUAUGUCUAAGAAUUCAUUCGAGGAUGAAUUUAACCCAGAUAGUAAAAAAAAUCGUAAAAUUAAAUUUAAAGUGCAUAAAGAUAAGAAUCAUAGUAGAACAUCAGACAAUGAUGAUAAGGGAGAAGAUACCCAUAAAAGUGAAAGUAGUACAGAAUCAUCAGCAGAAGGUGAUGAUGCUACAGAAAGUAUUCUAUCUUAUGCUAAGGAGACAGCAAGUACCGAGAAAAACAGAUGUAAGGUUAAUUUGGAUAGACCUUUCUUGCAAAGUACAGGUACUGCACGUAAUAUUUUACAAUACAGCAUGGACUCAUCAAAAGAUAAAACAAUUUACAAUGAGAAGACAAUUACUGAUAAUGAUAAAAAGGACAUUAGAACUAAUAAUGGUACUCAUAUCGAUACGACUGACUUAAAGAAGAAGAAGAAUGAUACUGAAGAAUUUACAACUGAUGAUAAUAAGAGAACUCCUGGUAUCAAAAUUCUGGUAGCAGAAGAUAAUCAUGUUAAUCAAGAAGUUAUAAAAAGAAUGUUGCAGUUAGAAGGAAUUAAAGAUAUAGAUUUAGCAUGCGAUGGUCAAGAUGCCUUUAAUAAAGUCUCUGCUCUACAAGCUGAUGGUCGACAUUAUUCAAUAAUUUUUAUGGAUGUGCAAAUGCCACAUGUAGACGGAUUACUUGCUACUAGAAUGAUAAGAAAUGAUUUGUCUUAUAGCUACCCAAUUGUUGCAUUAACAGCCUUUGCAGAUGAUAGUAAUAUUAAAGAAUGUCUUGAGGCUGGUAUGAAUGGGUUUUUAUCCAAACCUAUCAAAAGAACUAAAUUAAAAACAAUCAUUAAAGAGUUUUCUAACGAAUAA